UAACUGCAAUAAUACAAUCUCAACCGCCAGAAAAAGUGGUUCAGCAGGAAUAUUACAAAAUCUUUCAUGAAAAGAGUAAACGAAAAUACGCAGAUGAAACUAUUAACCUGGCCGAUAAAAUAG